UGGUACAUCCCCGACCCAAGAUAUUUUUUUUAAAGUCCUUUGCAAAUAGGAGCAUAGAAUACUCUAUGCAGUUCAGCACCGCAAAAAAGACAAAAUGCAGACCUUUUUUUGUAGGUGGAGUGGGGAUGGGGAUGGAGGUCAGGAGACUAGGAACCCUGUUUCGCCCGGAGCAUGACUCGGCAAAAAUCGCGGAACGGCUCUCCGGCGGAACCUCUGUGAACGCCGCCGCGUUUCCGAGAAGGGAGGCUCUGGGAGGGACACGUAUCCGUCGCCCGUCAGACGCCCCCGCCAGGGCUUGGUGCGGCAAUGAAGUUUCGUGCCAAAAUCGUGGACGCUGCCUGCCUGAAUCAGUUCACGCGAGUCAGUAACAUGAUAGCCAAGCUUGCGAAAACCUGCACCCUCCGAAUCAGCCCCAAUAAGCUGAACUUCAUCCUUUCUGAUAAACUGGCCAGUGGAGGGGUGAGCAUGUGGUGUGAGCUGGAGCAGGAGAACUUUUUCAGCGAAUUUCAAAUGGAGGGUGUUUCGGCAGAAAACAAUGAGAUUUAUUUAGAGCUAACAUCGGAAAACUUAUCUCGAGCUUUGAAAACUACCCAGAAUGCCAGAUCCUUGAAAAUCAAGCUGACUAAUAAACACUUUCCCUGCCUCACAAUCUCUGUAGAGCUGUUAUCUGUGUCAAGCAGUAGUCGCAUUGUGACCCAUGACAUCCCCAUAACGAUUAUUCCUAGAAGAUUGUGGAAGGACUUACAAGAACCCUCAGUCCCAGAUUCUGAUGUGAGUAUUUAUUUGCCAGUCUUGAAGACUAUGAGGAGUGUUGUAGAAAAAAUGAAAAACAUCAGCAAUCAUCUUAUUAUUGAAGCAAACCUAAAUGGAGAUUUGAACUUGAAGAUAGAAACUGAAUUAGUAUGUAUUACAACUCAUUUUAAAGAUCUUGGAAAUCCUUCAUUAGCCUCUGAAAAUACUUCUCAGAACAGAAACCCAGAAGAGAUGGCUGAGGUGCAAAUAGAUAUCAAGAAGCUCCUCCAAUUUCUUGCUGGACAGCAGGUGAAUCCUACAAAGGCCAUAUGCAAUAUUGUGAAUAAUAGGAUUGUUCAUUUUGAUUUGCUUCAUGAAGACGUCUCCCUACAGUAUUUCAUCCCAGCAUUGUCCUAGCACCACCUUGCCAGAUUUGAAAGCCCAGAGGCCUUUGUCCUGAUGGGAGAGGCAGUGGGGCAAUGUGUUCUGAGUCACUUGUCUGUCCUCACAACACCACAAAUCUCCACACCAUGCUUAUUCUUCCUCUAUAAUAUUUUAACUAAAAAUGAAAUCAGUGUAACAUAGUUGGAUAAGCAUAUUACUUUAUAUUAUUUAUGUCUGUUUUGUUUUUUUAUUUUUUAUUUGCUUUUAAGACAUUGAGAAGAAGAGCUAAAAUUUAUCCAGCUUUUAUUUAUUUUGUGGUGCUGGGAAUGGACCCUAGCACUCUACUGCUGAGCUACACCUGGCCCUCUCUUUAAACAGCAGUUUCUCAUUGAAGUUAUAAAAAUCCUCACACAUGUGGAAUCAGUGUCAUAGAAUUCAUAAGAGUGUUGCCCACAGAGCUUGGAGUUUUCCCCCAAGUACAACCUCUAGUUCAGCACACUGUUGGCCACUCUCAAAUUUUAGCAUGUUUCUCUCUCCUUGCUCCCAUCCCCAAGA